GCUCGUUGUGCCAUGAAGGAGAAAAGCAAAAAUGCUGCCCGCUCGCGUCGUGAAAAGGAAAAUGUGGAAUUUUUGGAGCUCGCGAAGCUGUUACCAUUACCCAGUGCCAUCACGUCACAGCUUGAUAAAGCGUCAAUCAUACGGCUCACCACAUCGUACCUGAAAAUGCGACAAAUCUUUCCCGAAGGGCUGGGAACUGCAUGGGGAUCCGAGCGCAACCAUCAUCCGCAUAUAACACGAGACACGAGCAUUAAGGAGCUCGGCUCACAUUUGCUUCAGACGUUAGAUGGUUUCAUUUUCGUGGUUGCGCCGGAUGGGAAGAUCACAUACAUCUCGGAGACAGCAUCGGUACAUCUCGGGCUAAGCCAGGUGGAACUCACCGGGAACUCGAUCUACGAGUACAUCCAUGCGUACGAUCAGGAAGAAAUGGCGACCAUCUUAGCGUUACAGCAAGCAUAUCCCGGAUCGCAUAUCAACGUUCCUCACAGUUUUCCUGAUGCUACUACCAUGUACCACAACCAUACAACUGGGACGCUUGGGGAUGCAACAUCUCAAACAUCAUCCGUUGGUCAGCAGCAGCGAUCGUAUGUCAUCGAAAUGGAACGCACCUUCUUUCUUCGGAUGCGUUGCGUGCUUGCUAAACGUAAUGCAGGACUCACUUCGUCCGGCUAUAAGGUUAUCCACUGUUCCGGCUAUAUAAAGGCACGUGUCUUUCCUCACGAAUCACCCAAUACUCCAGGACACUGUUGCAUUCAAAAUCUCGGCCUUGUUGCCGUUGGGCACUCGCUGUCUCCUUCGGCGGCUACCGAAAUCAAACUACAUCGAAACAUGUUCAUGUUCCGAUCGAGCUUAGAUCUGAAGUUGAUCUUUCUUGAUGCAAAAGUUUCACAACUCACUGGAUAUGAGCCGCAAGAUCUGAUUGAAAAUACGCUUUACCGGUACAUCCAUGCGGCGGACGUGGCCCAUGUAAGACAGGCCCAUCAGACGCUUUUACAAAAAGGCCAAACAAUAACAAAAUACUACCGAUUUCUAACCAAGGGAGGAGGAUGGCGAUGGGUUCAAUCUUAUGCCACGAUCGUACAUAACACUCGGUCCUCUCGACCGCACUGCAUCGUUAGUGUCAACUAUGUUCUUAGCGAUUUUGAGGUGCAAAAUCUUCGACUGGAUGAUAAUCAAGAAUUAAAAUCGACGUUAAAGCCGCACGUUGAGCUGGUUAAUCUAUCCUCAACCUUACUGUUGAAUGCCACACCUACUCAUGAUUAUCCAGUAUUAUCGCAAGAGAAUAGUUCGGAAAAAACAUAUCAUAUGAAUAUGCAUUUAUCCAACCACAACGAACCAGUACGAACGAUACAGCAGCCGGAAUCAUUCGCACCCGGUAUUGAAGCCAGCAAAGAAAUUGAUCAUUUCCUUCAGUUCCAUCAUACUCUCGAUUCGAACGAGAGCAUGAUCGGUGAGCUGAACGGCAGUGGAAAUGAUGAUUCUUUCCUUCCGAACGAUCUGUGUUAUGAUCAGUCGUCUCACUUCACAUCCCAGACACAGCUAAGCUACCCAUUCGACGACGCACAGUCCUUUCCGGCAACGAGCGACUUUCUGGAUCCGUUUUACGAGCAACUCUACUCGACGUACGAAACGCAUCCUCCCGAUCGAGAGUUGAUUCUUCGCUCCUGUUCCGUUAGUACGAGUGGGUCAGACACAACGUAG